AUGCUCCGAGUGAACGGAAUCCCUUAUGCGAAGUUGGGUGUCAUCGGAAAGGGUGGCUCCUGUAAAGUAUACAGGGCGCUGUCUAAGAACUGCUCUGUCUACGCCAUCAAGAAGGUCAAACUUAGUGGUAUGGACGAGAAGGCCAUAGCCGGAUAUUCGAAUGAAAUUGCUUUACUAAAGCGCCUUCGAGACAAUCCUGCGAUCAUUCAAUUACUAGAUAGCGAAGUGGAUCUUCAGCGCCACGCUAUCUUUUUAGUAAUGGAAGUCGGCGAAGUCGAUCUAAACCACGUUCUUCAACAGCAAGCAGCAGCACAGACUAACGGUUCUUGUGGAGAUAACAAGCGGACUCUCAAUAUGAAUUUUAUACGUUUGACAUGGCAACAGAUGCUAAGUGCAGUGCACUGCAUCCACGAAGAGCGAAUCAUCCAUGGAGAUUUGAAACCUGCGAAUUUCCUAUUUGUACGAGGCACACUGAAACUUAUCGAUUUUGGAAUCGCUAAGGCUAUUCAGAACGACGAUACAACUAACAUCUACCGGGAAAGUCAGAUUGGUACACUUAACUAUAUGUCGCCUGAAGCGAUUUUGGAUACCGGGACAGGAAAUAGUGGAACACGAAUAAAAACGGGACGGGCGUCUGACAUAUGGUCACUAGGUUGCAUAUUAUAUCAAAUGAUAUAUGGGCGAACUCCAUUUGCUGAGCUGCAUAUGAUACAGAAGCUGCAAGCUAUCGUAAAUCCAGAGCACAAAAUCAGUUUUCCAUUCUGUGUCGACGAAAGUGCCAUAGAUGUAAUGCAGAGUUGUCUACGAAGGAACCCUGAUGAAAGA